AUGCAAGGACACUCUUCAAAGGGAGUGAUACAUGAACAGCAACCAAUCGGUCGUCUGGAACCGCAAGCAGGAGCUUUACCCGGAAUCGAGAAAACGAGUUAUCAGCGAAAAACGUUCCACGAAUCCACCACUCCUCUUACAUCGGCAGUGUCAGUGACGCAAGGCAGCGGUGAUUUUAAUCGUCGAGCGGAAAUGGCCGAGGUGCAGUUAUCAUAUUUUCUUAAUUUACUAGUACUUCCACGAGGCACAAUUGCAAAUACGCAAGCAAGCACGGAAGGCAAUUAUGUGGAUGAAGAAGGUCAGCCUGUAACGUACAGACGUGAGCUGAUAACAAGUGUUAAUCCAAACAGCGAAAGUACGCUGCUCAAAGAGGAAGAGAAGCGCAUUGCCGAGACACCUCUUGAACCUGGUGUCAUCUCCAGGUACUACUCAAUGCUUUGGGUAUGCGAGGCGCAGACCCAUUUUCUUUUUUUUCACAUCUUCAAAUACCGUAAGUCCGUUGCUAAAUUUUUUAUACUAACUGACUAUCCCUAG